GUCUCUGCCAACUUGAUCGCUUUCAUAUCUCAUCUUCAUCCAACAUAGAAAAACCAAGGAGAGAAAGAAACCAGGUCGGCGUCGUCUUUCUCUCCGCCAUGAGUCCACCUUUUCUCUCCGCCCUAGGUCCCUCUCUUCCCUUCAAGGCUUCAACCUCACAAAAAAUCGGAAACAAAACCAAAGGUUAGAAAUCAGAUCUCGCGAUCCUCUCUCCUUAUGGGAAAUAAGAUCUCCAAACUAACAUGCAACCCAAAUAGAAACACUAUCUUUGAAUUUCCUCAUAGUCAGAGUCGUUAUGUGCAACAUCGGUAUACAAGUAGAGGAAGAUUGGCGGCAGUGGAUUGUGUUUCAUCUUCCUUCCUUCCUUUCCUUCUAUUCUACUUUUCUUUCUUUCUCUGGGGCAAUGGAAAUUGGCCUGGGAGUUAGUUUUAAUGGUGGCGGAUGGGAUGGGUAGAAAAGAUAAGGAAGGUAGAGAGCUAGAGGGAGAAAAGUGGAGAAGGGGCAAAAAAGUGAGAGAGUGAGAUGGAGAGGAAGAGUCAGAGGGAAAUAAAUGGGUUUGUGUGCUUGGGAGUCUAUUGCCCAGCAGCACCAAAACGAAACAUAGUAGCAAUUUUCGGUUUUGGGCAGAAAAGCGAAUCAAACCGAUUUAUACUUCGAUUCAGACAUAUCAAAUCAAAAUAUAAUUCGGUUCGUCCUGCACAUAGAAUCGGAAGUUCGGUAGUCAUCUAUUCGGUUCGGUUCGAUUCAAAACGAACCGACCGAAUGCCCAACCCUAACAUGGACGGAGAUACAGGACAGUGGAUCAUGUGGCUCGAUGAGGAAUUUGCCAAAUCAGGGAGAGUCAUGACUUGAGCCAGUCUGCAAGGAGAGUUGGUAAGGAGGUAUGGGUCAUUAGAGAAAUCAUCCGGACAUGAGGCGUUGGCCAAGAUUCGACAAACAGGAUCAGUAGACGAGUAUCCGCAUAAUUUCAAAAAAUUGGUGAGUUGUUGCCAUGGGUGAACGGAGGUGGCCAUUAUGGGUGCUUACAUGGUUGGCUUGAAGCCGAAGAUUGCGGCUUUCAAUGUGCAUUCAAUCCAGGAAGCACCAGAGAAGCGUAUCGUCUGGCUAAAAUCAAGGAGGAAGAGUUGCAGUUCCAGAAGGCGAUGGAUCGGCUCCUAGGAAGAACUUGCCUAUCACCAAGUCACCCGUACCACCAAGUGCGCCAGUUGUAGCUACUCGAGGGCGAGGACCGAAUUCUCCAAAUGCACCAAGAAGGAUUAGUAGGAAUAUGUCUCCAGAGCGGGCCCAAACUAGCCCAUUGAUCCACCAACCAGGAGCCUACAUUUUUACUCCUUAUUAGUCAUCGAGUCGUCGGCGACUCGAUAAAACGGUUAUAAGCCACUUGAAAAGCGCCGCGUGUAAAACGAACUGACGACGACCGUUCACAGGUCACAUUCAUCUCGUUCCCAAAUUCAGCAGGCCACAAAAUCAAACGCCAAAACGAUUCCUCUACCUUCUAGUUCUUCUCCUCCUCCAUCCGUCGCCGCCGGUUUCGCCAUUGAUGUAGCCUCGAUCGAGUCGCUUCUUACCGCACUCUAGUUUGUCACUAUCUGCUGUUAGGGAAUUUUUCCGUAAACAUCUCCCUUGCUUCCUUACCUUCCUUCCACGCCGGGGACAUGGCGGCCUCAUCGGAGAUCAGCGACGGGGACGACGCGGUGGAGCUGAUCGUCUGCGACGUCCCGGCAUCAUCUUCUGUCGGCUCUAACGGUGACGCUGCCGACUCUGUGUCGGAGGAAAUUACUCCUUUGUUGAAGCAGCCGGCGGAGAAGCCCAAGAUCAAUAUCUUCUCCAUCUCUUACCCCCGCCGAAAACCUAGGGAUCAUGUUAUCAGAGUACCUGAAUCCGAGGCUCAAGUAUCACAACUGAUUUUGUGGCUGUGGGGUGGAUCCAGAUACUCGGGCAUGCUGUGUGUCGCUUUAUCGUCAUUCAUCUACUUUUCUAUGGAGGUUGUUUCUGAUGUCUUUGCUGCUCAGUCGAUUCCUUUAUUCGAGACUGCAUUUGCUAGGUGCACAAUACUAUUGGUUCUGUCAUAUUUGUGGUUGAGGAGAACUGGACAACCUAUGUUUGGACCACCACUUUCCAGGAAACUCUUGAUUUUAAGAGCCCUGAUGGGGUAUUUGUCACUAUCGAGCUUUAUCUACUGUGUUCAACGGUUGCCUCUAUCUCAAGCCAUAGUAUUAAGUUUCACAACUCCCAUAAUGGCUUCCAUUGCAGCAAGAAUUGCAUUUCUUGAGAAGUUGAAAAUUGCUGAUAUUGCAGGUCUGGCUUGCAACUUCUUUGGAGUGCUCUUUAUUUUCAGACAGAGCUUCACUGCACAAGGUGAGCUAGUUAGAGCCGGUUCAGCAAGUGCUGCCAAUUUGAAGGGAAUGCAUUAUGUAUAUGCAAUAAUAGCUGGUCUUUUCUCAUCCGUUACUGGUGGAAUCAGCUACUGCCUCAUAAAAGCUGGAUCUAAGGCCUGUGAUCAGCCAGUGACCACUGUGUUUUCAUUUGGUAUUCUGGCCUCCCCUGCGGCCCUAGUCUGUAUGUUCAUUUUCGAGGAAUUUGUUUUGCCAGAGCUGCGUUCCCUCUUCCUUAUGCUUCUUCUUGGUGGUCUUGCCUUCUUAGCUGAGGUGUUUUUAGCCCGCGGCCUACAGCUCGAGCAAACUAGCAAAGCUGCAAACUUUCAAUACACUGAGGCUGCAUUCACAGAGCUCUGGGGGAUUGCUUCAUCGACAAUACUUCCCUCUUUUGGCGGACUCAUUGGGUGUUUACUCAUCUUAGCUUCAACUGGAUGUACCAUAUACAUUGGCCCUGAUAAAGACAUGGAAUGAAUGAAUGAUGACGACGAUGAUGAUUGCUGAGAAACUUCAACAGUUAAUUUUUUGUUCUUCCUGAAUUCAUGCAACCAAUUUGUAGCCGGUCAUAAGUUUUGAUUUGCAACUUCCAAGGUUUAUUCGAUUCUCUUUUUUUUUUUUUUUUUCUCAACGUCUUGAAAUUUAUGUUAAAAGCUCUUGAAAUACAAGUAUACUGUGGACCCGUCAAGAUUCAUGAAGUUUAAGUUCCAGAAAGCAAAUCUUGGCAGUAGUUCGUUCUAUUUACAGCUAGCGCCUAAUUCACCUCAUUGCAUUACAAGUGCGUUUGGUUCUGUGUGGUUAUUCAGCAAGUUUAUCGGCGUUCGUAAUGGUUUAACUAAUCAUCGGUAAUAAUUGAAAUUUGUAGGG